UCUCUCCCUUUGCAAUCGACUUUUUGGUCUGCUGGCGUCCGCCAGUCCAGUUUUAGGCUAGAGAUCUAGUUGACAAUUGACAAGCUAAGACUAAGACUAAGCACAAAGUGCAGUUUUUUUCUGUGACAGUAGGCCUAUCGAGAAGAUCUGUUCACUAUUUAUUACUUACUGACACAGCAAACAUUGUGACCACUGGUGCUACGUUCGUUGUGAUCAAUUCGUUUGGACUAACGACAUCUCUGCUUCCAGCCAGCUGUGCGCUUGUUGUGCUCUUCGUAAACUUCGUUGUGUGUGGACUGCUAGAUUUCUCACGGAUGAGACACUUGGCAUGAUAAUUGUGGUGCACUGAGCAGUAACUACUAUAUAUUCCUUGUGAGAAGUGAUCAACGGUCGACAUGUUUGUGCUCCAUACGCUUAUUUCUUUGGCUUUUUUGGCUACUGCAACAUUUUCAUUCACCACCGAAGCACUGCGACCUUGCCAUUUGGAUGACUUUAAAUAUGAAUACACAGAAUGUGACAGUGAUGGAGGCCGGUGGAGAGUCUCUGUUCCAAAGGAACCUGGCCUCUGUCAACCUGGAAAUUCCCCAUCUGUUCCAGAGAGAGGAAAGGAAUGUAAUUUCGCGUGCAACACUGGAGAGUACUUGGAUAUUCAAGGAGACCAACAGUGCCACUCAUGCCCACCAGGCACAUACUCCCUCGGGGGAGGGAUUCGAUUUGAUGAUUGGCAGACUCUGCCCCCAGGUUUCGCUGUGAAGACGGAACAUGUGUCUCACACGAGCUGGGGGAGCAGAUUUAAACACAAAGGGAACUGCUCCAGAGCUGAAUGGAAGCCCCGCAGCUCGUACAUCAUGUCAGUCCCUGGAGACUGCCCCAGCAACCUGCUCUUCUCUGCCAAGCUAGUACGAGCUGGGAAAGUUUCCUUUGAGUACCAGUACACCGACCCAGAGACUAUCUUCCACUUCAUGGUUCAGAAUGACCAGUGCCAGGCCCUUGAUGGGGAGGACAAUGACAAGUGGCCAGCGGUCACUACUGAGGGCAAGUGGGCCACCAUUGUGGUGGAGCUGAAGAGUGGAAUGAACGUACUGCAGUGGCGCACGAUAGGGGCUCUUUCGGAAAUGAUGCACUCCACAGUCAGCCCUAUUCUGAUCAGAAAAAUCGAAAUUACAGGUGUGGCCUAUACGUCAGAGUGCACUAAAUGCGCCAAUGGCACGUACAGCAGUGGUGGCACCUCUUUCUGCCAGAUCUGUCCAGUCAACACCUUCUCCAACCACGGGGCCAGCCAGUGCUUACCCUGCAAGGACGGGGAGUACUCCGAGCCUGGCUCAGCAACAUGUACAGAGAAGCCACCUUGCACAGAGUUUGACUACUACAGCUUUCAGACUGCUUGCAAUAAGGAUGGGCAGACCCAAAUGACCCAUCGUUGGAUCCAGCCCAAGAUCUGCAAUGAGAAAGCAGGACAGUCAGUGGUACUGCCUGUGAAUGGCGUUUUGGAUGAUUGUCCCCCUUGCAACCCUGGCAUGCACCAGCUCAACAUGUCACACUGUGGCUAUUGCAAUGAGAAUCAAUUUGCAGAUUCCCAGUCAGUGUGUCGGGACUGCGCCGUGUCAACGUCACCAAAGUAUGAGGUACACUACAAACACUGGACAGGCAUGCCACCUAACAUGACCACCCGAUGCAUUUCUAUUGGCAUGGAAUCGUGCUCCAACACAGCAGGCUGGGUCCCAGCAGGCGAUCGUCUCAGGACCAGCUUCGGCCUACGAGACAACAACAUCUUCCUGGUGCUUGUGCUCAAGGUGGCUGGAUUCAGGGGAGAACCAGGCACAGUGGAUGGCAAACCCAUAACCCUCUCCACUAUCUCGUUUGAGCUAGACUUGCACUGUGAAUCCCCCUGCCAGCUCAUCUUCUUAUCCGAUGCCCUGGGGAGGAAUACUGUGUUGCAGACAUGGGAGGAGACAAUGGAGAAAACUGUGUUUAGCCACGAAAUCUUCACCAAUGAGUCGGUCACUUUCACCUGGGCUUUCCAGCCUGAUGACUUUGGUCUGGCAGAUCCGGGAGAUGAGGUCCACACCAGCCGCAUGAAGAACCUGGCUCAGAUCUACAACCUGAAAGUGACCAACACCUUGUCUGGAGGGGCCUCACAGUGCGAGUCUUGUCCUGAAGGAAAGUCGGCUGAUGGCUGCAUUCCGUGUUCGGAUGGUCACUACGUGGACCCACAGAGCCAGAGGUGUCAGGCGUGCCCAGCAGGCACCGUGCUGCCCAGUAGCAACUCGUGGGGGCAAGACUCGUGCAAGAAGUGCGGGCCGGGGCUGCACCCGGUGGGAGGCAGGUCCUGCAAGUCUGACUGCCGCUUCACUGAUGACAUGGGACGAGAGUAUGACUUCACCGAGCUCGACGGGCUUCAUUAUGUGUCAGGAGCCCGACUCUUCACUGCCAGCGGGACCCAGUACUACCAUAGUUUCAACAUUUCCUUGUGUAACCAUGGCAACACACCUCUACCCACCUGCGUCAACAACGUGUCUGCCGAUGCAGUGCUCAUAGGCCAGCCUAGCUAUUUGUCCAGCAUGGUGUGUCGGUCAACUCUGGUGCCCCAGGGAGACCCAGAGAAACCGGUGGUGUCCACCCAGCCAGUCAGCCUGGGCACCCAUCUGACCAAGAUCGUGAGUAAUAUCAGCCUUCUUAAGCAGUACGAGGAAGAAGGCUUACCUUCUGAAGAUUCUGAGCGAGAUAUUCACUUUUACUACGAAUCAGGAAGCACCACAAGUGCUUGUCCCAACGGGCGCGUCAGCAUCAUCAGCCUCCACUGCGACCCCAAGCAGAAGGGCACGGGGGAGAUACAGCUGCCGCCCAAGUGUGCUGAUGGGACCUGCGACGGCUGCACCUUCCACUUCCUGUGGCUGACUCGGCACGCCUGUCCCGCCUGUCGCAAGGAGGACUACAAGGUGGUCCGCGGGGAGUGUGUAGACGGGGAGCAGGCGAUUCACUACUUCCCACCACAGCACUGUUUGGAGCUCUCGCAAGAAAGUUUGUCACCAAUGAGCCAGAAGUGUCGAGUGCUGCCCUUUGCUGUGAUGGUGUCAAUCCCAGUGAUCCUGGGUACGGGCCUCUUCCUCAUCCUGCUGCUCAUCUACUGCUGGUCUCGCAACAAGAAGCUGGAGUACAAGUACAUGAAGCUGGUGGAGACGGCCGGCGGCCAUGACGGGGAGCUGCCCGCGGCAGACACGUGCGGCAUGGAGGACGAGGACGAGGACGACGUACAUUUCGCCGAUGAGCGGACUGGAGCCAGCUUCUUCAGCAAAAUCAGGGAAAAGUUUGGCUCAAGUAACAGAAUGAAGGAUGAUGAUAAUCCUUUUGUCGCUGUGAAGAUGUCUGAGAAAAUGUCACUUACGUAAGUCACGUGCCACCGCCAACCACUGCUUCACGCCAUUAGCUAGAGGGCCACGCUCGUUAUGGAUUGUCGCAGAUCUGUGUGGAGAACAGAAAGAUGUCGCCCAUCGCUGUAUCUGUCACUUGUUUGCUAACGUAGUAUUGCCUGGCUGUAGAAAGUUGUCUUUGCUGUCAGUGUUUGGAAGGUUGAAAUAUUAUGGAUUGUGGUCUAGUUCUGUUUGGUUUCUUUGCGUCCAGUAAAAGUAAGGCAUAUAUAUAUCUUUGCUAAUUUUUUUUAGGAACGAAAACAUUAGAACAUGCUGAGGUGUUUGCAAAUUGCUCUUUAUUUUGAAAAUACCAUUAAUCCUCCCUAAAUUCUUAUUUGUUUGUGCAGUAAUCAAAGUUUGCACCAUUUGAAGGUUUUUCACGUAGAAAUGAAAGGGAAAUGACUGUGCUUAAAAAAUUUGCAUCUUAACCAAAAUUUCUGUGAUUGGUUCUGUCUUGUAGGUUUUUUUCGCAACUGUAGUCUCAUUUGCAGACUGCCUGAUGGGGAUAAUGAAUCUUCUUACUAAUGAGAUUUAAAAUGCUUGCUACAGGAAGUUUUGUAGGGUUUAGAACUGUACGUUGAAGUCAUAUAUCAUCGUCUUGUGCUGAUUGGGUGCCAGUUUAAUUGAAAGUCUAGCACACUACUGUGGUCCACCGUAAGUCCUGCCCAGUCAAUCAUGAUUUACUGCUAUCUAGGCUGUAUAGCAUAGCGUAAGUCCUUACUUAUUGGGUAUGGUAGUAACUGCACUAGGGGCAUUUUGACCAACGGUGGUGGCGUUACACUAUUGUGGUGUGUGGAGGGGGGUGGACUGCUUCAUUUAGCGGUGUUGUUUGAAUGAAAAAAUUUUUCCUGUGGUAAAAGGUAUAAUUAACAAGUAAGUCACGACAGCAAAUGACCAGACAGGACUAUAUUCAAGAAAACAUGGGGCCUGCCAACCUUCCGUUGAUGAGCAUUUGAUUCCCGGAUGGGGAAUGUGUUUCUAAUGGGAUGCACUAUUCUACUCAAUAGUCUGAAUUGUGUUGAUAAGUGGAAUGUAUGUGAGUCAUGUUACAAUCAAACAUAAUAUGGAGCAUCUUAUUCCAAUUGAAGAAACCAUAGGUGAGUUUUCGAAUGUGUUGGUAUGGAAUAUUAGAUCUCAAAAGAAAUCAGUGGAAUGGGAAAAUGUGCUUUGCCUGUCCUAAGCGGAUGUUUAUGGAAAAAGUUAUUUGGGCCACCUCCUGUCAAAUUUUGAUGUAUCUUUCAGUGAUGAUGCGGCCUUCAGAGACUGGGAGAGAUUAACAUCUGUUUUUGACAGAAGAUGCUAUAUAUAGAAAGUAACGUUGACUGGGCUUUCUCUAAUGAUGCAUACGUGUUGUGAAUUAUAUUACCCUAUGGCUUUGCACGUGUUACAGAGUUGUGGUUGAGCAAUGUGUAAGAUAAUCUAAUCCUGUCUUCAUUUUUGCUCUCAUUUAUGUGCUCAAACUCAUUGUGUCUGAAGUUACACAAAAAGUUAAUCGCAUUAUUUUUUUUGUAUUGAUUGAAUUACCAACUGCUGUAAAUAUAUAUGUGUUUAUACAUUUCGUCAUGGUACUGAACAAAUGGCCUUAGUCAUUUUUUCCCCUUUUGAGAAAACUUU